UUUUUAUCCAUCCUCAGGGUAUUUUAACAAGUGAUUGAAGCAGAAAAUACCGAGAAAGUCGUAUCCUAGUGGGAUGAAAGAGUAACGCCGCUUGAAAUGAGUUCGUAUCUUCAGUUGGUUUCCUUUAUCAUCUACUUUCUUUCUAUCCAUGGGAGCCCCCAAUACAGCCGCUUCUGUCCGGUUGUAAAAGAGAGGAGAGAGAAAUAUACGGAGGAGUACACGAAGACAAGUACGUCACUAGUUCGACUAAAGUGUUCACAGCAAGAUGGCGCUAAGGAUCGAUUCGUGGGGAGAGAUGCUUACGAUACGACCAUGUGCAUCUACAGCAGAACUCAACACUCACCUUCUCAUCGGCAAGCAUCAAGGACUGUGCGCUACACAGAUCGCAGUAACUGCUGCAAAGGUUAUACUGGACCAGGAUGUAACCAGACACUACCAGAGUCCUCGUGUGAUCCCGAGUGUCUCAAUGGUGGAGAGUGUGUCGGGGUGGAUCAGUGCGCAUGCGUAAAUGGCUGGCUGGGUGCAACCUGUGAAAUAGCUUCCUGUGUGCCCGCAUGCCUGAAUGGUGGAAUGUGCGUGUCCCCUGGUGUAUGCGCAUGCACUAGGGAGUACACUGGGCACAGAUGCGAACAAGAAACUAUUAUGGCGGACAGCCUGAACAGUCCUCAUACUUCCGUGCGAGCAGCCCGGGCUGUCACCAUAGCAAGCAGAACAAUGGGCGCAUGUAGUACAUGGGGUCAGCGGCACUACCGGACGUUCGACGGCCGCCACAUCGACUUCAUCGGCAAGUGCAGCUAUACUCUCGCGCAAGACUGCAUUCCGGGAUCCGAUCAGUUCUCCCUUCAUGUGCAGAACGACAAGACAUGUGGGAGCGCCGGGAUGGACUGCGAACGCGCACUGCUACUUUACAUCGGUGAAAAGACUUAUAAGAUUUCAAGUCACGGUGCUAUUAGAGUUAACGGAGCAAAAGUCAGCGCGCCGUACAAGGACACUAACGUAGAGGUUUCCAAAGUGCACUCAUACACCAUCAUUAGAUCACAGGGAGACGAGCUGGGGAUCAAAUUUGACGGCGCGUCUUCCAUCCAAGUCGCGGUAUCACACAAAUACCGCAACAACACUUGUGGCCUUUGCGGAAACAAUAACGGCAUCCCAGAUGACGACCUCUUGAUGGCUGUGACCAAUAAACCGGCGACAAGUGUAGCAGAGUUCGCCGAGAGCUGGGCAAUGCCUGAACCAAAUGAAAAGUGCGAAUCCCCUUUGGAGGUAACGCGUGACGUGUGUAGUAACGCUAGCAGCGUGAUCCGUGACGCGGCAAAGCGUAUUUGCAUGGUGUUACUGAGUGAGAAUUUCUCAGCGUGCCACACGAAAGUAGAUCCUGUGCCGUUUGUGAAGCGAUGUGAAGAAGACGUUUGUAGCUGCAAGUUCGGAGAGCAUUCUGGGUGCCAGUGCCAGGCCCUUACCGAGUAUUCACGCGCAUGCGCUAGUAGGGAGAUCAUGCUUGACUGGAGAAGCCAGCAUUUGUGUCCAAAGCAAUGCAUUCAGCCCAAAGUGUACUCUGAGUGUGGCCCUGCAUGCGUGAAGACCUGUGACGCGGAUGGGCUUCAGCCAACUUGUCACGAAACGUGUAUCGAUGGCUGUCAUUGUCCUGAGGGUACUGUCCAGACAGACAAUAGGUGUCUACCUGUCAAUCAAUGUCCAUGUCAACACAACGGUAUUACUUACGUCACCGGGACGACCAUACGCGUUGGCUGUAAUACUUGUAAAUGUAGAGGCGGAAGCUGGACUUGCUCCAAGCAUAGAUGUCCCGGUAUUUGCUACACCUAUGGAGACCCGCAUUUCGUCUCGUUUGACGGCAAGGCCUUUACCUUCGGUGGCAAGUGUCAAUAUCUCCUGACUGAAUCCCUGGCCAGCGGUUUUUCCGUUACCAUAGAUACUGCAGCGUGCUCCUCAAACAAGCGCAGCAGCUGUGUAAAGUCUGCGAGCGUGACAUACAAGAACGUGACAGUUCUGCUGACCCACAGACUCCCACGAAAAGACGAGGUGUAUGUACAGUACCCUGCACAAAAAGACCACCAGCCGUUCAUGAUGCCGGUGUUUGACGAAGAUCACGGAUUCAGCGUCCGGAAGCUGUCCUCUCAUCUGGUCGAAUUUCACGGUGAUAAUAACAUGCAGGUGUUAUGGGACGGGCAGAGCAACCUGUUUGUCACACUUCAGCCAUCAGAGGCGAGCAAGGUGCGCGGGUUGUGCGGUAACUUUAACUACAACACGCAAGACGACUUUGGCAUCGAAGUAUCCGCCAUCAGCUAUGCUAACCAAUGGGCUAUAGGCAGCGAAUGCCCAGAUGUCCCCGUACUUGACACGCGCAUGAAGCCAUGUGAGGUCUACCAGCAGAACAGGAAAUUCGCAGAGCAGCGGUGUAGUCUCUUGGAGCAUGCGCCUUUCAGUGCUUGCCACAGUCGCGUGGAUCCCAAGCUUUUCGUGGAGAAUUGUCAGCAGGAUGUGUGUGGGUGUAUGGCGGGGAGAGACUGCUUGUGCCCAGUUCUCGCGGCAUACGCCAAGCUUUGCUCCAUGCAUGGGGUUGUUCUGGACUGGAGGGUGAACGGCACUUGUGCCCCACAAUGUCCUGCGGGCAUGGUGUACCAGGAAUGUGGCUCGGCAUGUAUGACGUCAUGUAAGGACCUGUCACGUGGGAACCAGUCAUGCAUGGACUACUGUGUGCCCGGCUGCAGAUGCCCGUCAGACCAGCUGUACGAUGGCCACGCAGGCAAAUGUGUAGAGAUCGGCGUGUGCCCAUGUUACGAUGAAACCGGCGGAUAUCAUCCUCAUGACGCUCGCAUGCAGGACGGAUGCAAGCAAUGUGUAUGCGAUAGUGGAAAAUUCGUAUGCACGAACAAAUGUAGAGAUCAAAAGUGUCCGGUAGGCCAAGUAUUGGCUGAGUGCGGCGCAGAAUGUCCCCGGACAUGUCGGACAAUGCACAUUGGGUGUGGUCAGGUGUUUUGCAAGUCCGGUUGCGUGUGUCCGGUGGGGUCCGUCCUGGACGAUUUCGGUAGGUGUAUCCUUGAGACGGAGUGUCCGUGCCAUCACAACGGCAAAAGCUACAAGACCGAUGACGUCAUCAGGAGGGAUUGUAACACGUGCACGUGUGUGAGGAACACGUGGGAAUGCACCAAGAAAAGGUGUCGCGCCACAUGCACGGCGUUUGGCGAUCCCCACUACAAAACGUUCGAUGGCCGUCUCUAUAGCUUCCAAGGAGGCUGCAACUACGUCAUGUCCACUGACAAAUGUCCCGGAUCGAAACUUACGCUGCAGUCAUUCCGCAUCGACGCGGAGAAUAUCCCAUGCGGUUCUGCUGGCGUGACAUGCACCAAGUCCGUGACUGUCACGCUACACGACACCAUCAUUCACAUGGUUCGAGGUAAAGCGGUGCCAUCUGUGACCAAGGUCAGCAGUCUGUCUCCCGUGCAUGCGCGAUAUGAGCUAGUCUACGCGGGGUUAUACGUCAUCAUCAAGGCGCCGUUCGGGCUAAAUGUGAUCUGGGACAGAGGCACGAGACUGUACAUUGAACUAAGCCCGGACAGUCAGCAUUGGUCCAAGGUGUGUGGCCUAUGUGGGAACUUCGAUGGCGACAUGACCAAUGACUACAUGGCUAAGAAUGGCAUCACUGAGACUUCGCCUUAUCCGUUUGGAGAUACGUGGCGCGCGAGGGGUGAUUGUACCAAAACCAUGGAGCCCAUACAUCCCUGUAAACAGAACAAGCACAGAGAAUCGAAAUCACAUGCGGCGUGCGCCAUAAUCAAGUCUGGGACCUUUAAGCCAUGCCACAUCUCCGUGGACCCAGAUCCUUAUUACGAGCGCUGUGUGUACGAUACAUGUGGCUGCGACAGUGUGGGUGACUGUGAGUGUACGUGCGAGGCAAUAGCCGCAUACGCUUACGAGUGCUUGGCCGCAGGGGUCGUUGUCAAGUGGAGACAAGACAAAUGCGAUGUCACGUGCCCUGAGAACGCUGUCUUCAAGUACUGUACAAGCGCAUGCCCAGAGACUUGCCAUGACCCCCCCGGACGUAACAAGACCUGUAGCAUGCGGUGUGUUGAAGGCUGCGAGUGCAAGGAGGAGUUCGUACAACGUGUGAAUGCUGUGGGCAAAGUACAGUGUAUCAAGCGCAAGGAGUGCCCGUGUAUUCAUGAUGCGAAAAUCUACAAACCGGGAGACAAGGUUUACAAAGACUGCCAGCUUUGUGUUUGUAAAGAUGGACAACUUACUAACUGCACUGGUCAAAAAUGCAACACAGAACCACCUCCAACCACUAGCGCACCCAAAACAACUGCAUCACCUACAACUGCUGGAGUAGUAACAACAACUGGAGCACCCUCAACAACUAGAGCACCUCCAACAACUGGAGCAGUAACAACAACUGGAGCACCUGCCACAACUGGAGCACCUGCAACUACUGUAGCACCUACUACAACUGGAGCACCUACAACAACAGGAGCACCUACUACAACUGGAGCACCCUCAACAACUGAAGCACCAUCAACAACUGAAGCACCAUCAACAACUGAAGCACCAUCAACAACUGAAGCACCAUCAACAACUGAAGUACCUACAACGAGUGCAGUACCUACAACAACUGGAGCACCCACAACUGCACCACCAGACUGUCUUGAUGCCCUCGGUCUGGGAGUAGAAGACCGGAGAAUCCCUGACUCGUACAUUACCGGCUCCUCGGAGCUUGACAAUUACGCUGGACCACCUCAAGGGCGACUGAAUAACCCAAACCUUGCCUGGCAACCAUUGCACAAAGACUUAUAUCCAUACUUCCAAGUCUACCUCGGUAACUUGACCAAGGUCACACAGAUUGCGACACAGGGCCACCCCUGGGAGGAGGAGUUUGUCGCAAACUACACGUUACAGCACAGUGCAGACGGCAAGUCCUGGUUAAAUUACAUGGACAGCACGGGGAACCCUGUGGUGUUUAAUGGUAACUGGGCUAAUCUCCAUUAUGGACUCUAUGACACAAUCAAAGUGAACGAGCUCCCUAAACCAAUCAUCACAAGGUACAUAAGAGUUCGACCAAUCAAAGAGCAGAACGGAAAAUUCCCAUUGGCUUUGCGGGCAGAACUCUAUGGAUGUCCGGAAGGGUCUCACUGUAUCGUCAAUGGAACCAAGAAGAAGACGGGCGAGAGGUGGAAAGUAAACCUGUGUACAUGGAAGGAAUGUCGUUCUGAUGAUAACUCGGUGACCGGAGGCAAAGAGGUGGAGGAGAUUAUCGUUUGUCCGAGGACAUGCAAUACGGGAUGUCAACCAGAAGGCGCACGGCGCCAAAUACUUGUCCGCGUGCCUGAAAAAUGUUGCGAAGAAUGCAAGGACGAAGUUGAAGUAGGCUGUGGUCCACAGGAGUUCGCGUGCGCAGCUAAUGUGUGCAUUCCCUUGAAAUGGAAAUGCGACGGACGACGAGACUGUGACAAUGGAAGGGAUGAAGAAUGCUGUACCAAUACCACGACGGCCCCUCCCACAAGAACCACGACAUCUCCACCCACAAAAACCACGACAGCCCCACCGACGUGCCCUCCUACUAAGGUCCCGACGACUUGCGAACCUCGAUGCCCCGCGCGAUGUCACGUGCUGGGUGCAUGCGCGACAGUAGCAUCUAACCCUCCUUGUAAGCCGGGUUGCGUUUGUCGUAAUGGCACCGUUAGCGAUGGCGUGACGUGCCGUCCGCCAACUGAGUGUCUUUGUAUGGAUACUGAAGGCUUUAUACGACAGCCCGGAGAAAAAUGGCCAAGCAAGAAGAACAAGUGUCGAGAAUGUACGUGCUUCAACAAUAGGGUGGAGUGCUAUGACAAACCAUGCCGUCCGAUCUCAUGCCCGGCAUCACAACAAACCUUAGAUAGAGACAACUGCUGUCCAAUUUGCAAGGCUACAACUACCUCCCCCCCUACAACAACACGAGCAACGAUAACAACGGAACCACCUACAACAACUGGAGUACCCACAACAACUGGAGCACCUACAACGACUGGAGCCACAACAACUGGAGCACCUACAACAACUGGAGCCACAACAACUGGAGCACCUACAACAACUGGAGCACCUACAACAACUGGAGUACCUACAACAACUGGAGCACAUACAACAACUGGAGCACCUACCACAACUGGAGCACAUACAACAACUGGAGCACCCAUAACAACUGGAGCACAUACAACAACUGGAGUACCCACAACAACUAGGAUACCUACAACAACUGAAGUGCCCACAACAACUGGAGCACCCACAACAACUGGGAUACCUACAACAACAGGAGAACCUACAACCACUGAAGCACCAUCAACAACUGAAGUACCUACAACGAGUGCAGUACCUACAACAACUGGAGCACCUACAACAACUGGAGCACCUACAACAACUGAAGCACCUACAACAACUGGAGCACCCACAACAACUGGAAUACCCGCAACAACUGGAGCACCCACAACAACUGGAGCACCUACAACAACUGGAGCACCCACGACAACUGGAGCACCUACAACAACUGAAGCACCUACAACAACUGGAAUACCCACAACAACUGGAAUACCCGCAACAACUGGAGCACCCACAACAACUGGAGUACCUACAACAACUGGAGUACCCACAACAACUGGAAUACCUACGACAACUGGAGCACCCACAACAACUGGAGCACCUACAACAACUGGAGUACCAACAACAACUGGAAUACCUACGACAACUGGAGCACCCACGACAACUGGAGCACCUACAACAACUGAAGCACCUACAACAACUGGAAUACCCACAACAACUGGAAUACCCGCAACAACUGGAGCACCCACAACAACUGGAGUACCUACAACAACUGGAGUACCCACAACAACUGGAAUACCUACGACAACUGGAGCACCCACAACAACUGGAGCACCUACAACAACUGAAGCACCAACAACAACUGGAGCCACAACAACUGGAGCACCCACAACAACUGGAGCACCCAUAACAACUGGAGCACCUACAACAACUGGAGCACCCAUAACAACUGGAGCACCCAAAACAACUGGAGUACCCACAACAACUGGAGCACCUACAACAACUGGAGUACCUACGAAAACUGGAGCACCCAUAACCACUGGAGCACCUACAACAACUGGAGCACCCACAACAACUGGAGCACCCACAACAACUGGAGCACCCACAACAAUUGGAGCACCUACAACAACUGGAACACCUACAACAACUGGAGCACCCUCAACAACUUUAGCACCCACAACAACUGGAGCACCCAUAACAACUGGAGCACCCACAACAACUGGAGCACCCAUAACAACUGGAGCACCUACAACAACUGGAGCACCCACAACAACUGGAGCCACAACAACUGGAGCACCCACAACAACUGGAGCACCCACAACAACUGGAGUACCCACAACAACUGGAGCACCCACAACAACUGGAGCACCCAUAACAACUGGAGCCACAACAACUGGAGCACCCACAACAACUGGAGCCACAACAACUGGAGCACCCACAACAACUGGAGCACCCAUAACAACUGGAGCACCCACAACAACUGGAGCACCCAUAACAACUGGAGCACCUACAACAACUGGAGCACCCAUAACAACUGGAGCACCCACAACAACUGGAGUACCCACAACAACUGGAGCACCUACAACAACUGGAGCACCUACGACAACUGGAGCACCCACAACAACUGGAGCACCCACAACAAUUGGAGCACCUACAACAACUGGAGCACCUACAACAACUGGAGCACCCUCAACAACUGGAGUACCCAUAACAACUGGAGCACCCACAACAACUGGAGCACCUACAACAACUGAGGCGCCCACAACAACUGGAGUGCCUACCACAACUGGAGCACCUACGACAACUGGAGCUCCCAUAACAACUGGAGCAUCCACAACAACUGGAGCACCCAUAACAACUGGAGCACCUACAACAACUGGAGCACCUACAACAACUGAAGCACCUACAACAAUUGGAGCACCUACAACAACUGGAGUACCCACAACAACUGGAGCACCUACAACAACUGGAAUACCCAUAACAACUGGAGCACCUACAACAACUGGAGCACCUACAACAACUGAAGCACCUACAACAACUGGAGCACCCACAACAACUGGAAUACCCGCAACAACUGGAGCACCCACAACAACUGGAGCACCUACAACAACUGGAGCACCCACGACAACUGGAGCACCUACAACAACUGAAGCACCUACAACAACUGGAAUACCCACAACAACUGGAAUACCCGCAACAACUGGAGCACCCACAACAACUGGAGUACCUACAACAACUGGAGUACCCACAACAACUGGAAUACCUACGACAACUGGAGCACCCACAACAACUGGAGCACCUACAACAACUGGAGCACCCAUAACAACUGGAGCACCUACAACAACUGGAGCACCCAUAACAACUGGAGCAUCCUCAACAACUGAAGCACCUACGAAAACUGUAAAACCUACAACAACUGAGGCACCCACCACAACUGGAGCACCCACAACAACUGGAGCACCUACAACAACUGGAGCACCUACAACAACUGGAGUACCUACGACAACUGGAGCACCCACAACAACUGGAGCACCCAUGACAACUGGAGCAACCAUAACAACUGGAGUGCCCACAACAACUGGAGUGCCCACAACAACUGGAACACCUACCACAACUGGAGCACCUACCACAACUGGAGCAUCUACAACAACAGAGCGAGCAACGACACCUACACCAGGCUGUGCCUGCUAUGAUAACGAAACCAUGACAUGCCGAAGUGUUGGCGAAGAGUACUGGGUAAGCGACUGCAAGAAGUGCAUCUGUCUUGGUGGAUCUCAAGGAAUAAGAUGUGCAACUGGUUUCUGCAGACUGACUCCUGAUAUAUGUCGAGCUAGGGGAUACGACUUUUUGUUCUCAAAUGGAAGCGAGUGCUGCGAAUGUCGCCAUAAAACAACGACUCGGCCACCGAGUACAACAUCGUCUUUCACCACAGGGCCGACAGCAGGACCAAUCACACCAAUGUGUCCCGGAGAUACCAAAUUACGCAUGUGCAAAUUGCAGGCCACGUGUAACAAGCGUGACAUUUGCGACACAUCACGUGCUAAGUUGAGGUGCUGCUGUGAUGACGGUCUGGUGUUCUACAAUGGGCUUUGUAUCCGAGUGGAAGAAUGUCCGUGCAUUCACAAUAAUAGGACAAUGGCAGAGAACGCAAUGUGGCGUCCAAGCGAUCACGAGAUUUGCAAAUGCAUGAACGGAAAACAAGACUGCGACAGAGCGUGUCCAACUACCUUCAAAUGCCGUGAGAAUGAGUACAAGGUCCACCGCAAUACACCAAAUGCAAAUGAAACCUGUUGUGAUUGCGUUAAGGACUAUUGUGAAGUAAACGGCAAAGUGUAUGAGAUUGGAGAGACGUGGAGGGGAAAAUGGACAAUUGAUUCUUGUCAAACGUGCGAGUGUGAAAAGGAGGGCAGUAAUCGCGCCCAAGUGACCUGCACCAAAACCAGAUGCCCAGAUUGCCCAGAGGAUCAAGUGAGGCGACCUGGACGAAACAAAUGUUGCAAAUGCGAGUGUGACUACAAUCGGUGUAAAUAUACGAGACCGCCGUGUCCUCCGCACCACAUAUUUAGAAACGUCUCGGUUUGCUGCGGCGACUGCUUUCCAGAAGCUGUCAUCCCGACCACGAUAGCCAAUUUUACAACAGUAUCUACAGCAACAUCGCCACCUUCUAACGUCACAACGAAAAAACCGCCAACGUGGCCACCACGACAUACAACAACUGGAGCACCCUCAACAACUGGAGCACCUACAACAACUGGAGCACCCUCAACAACUGGAGCACCUACAACAACUGGAGCACCCUCAACAACUGGAGCACCUACUACAACUGGGGCGCCCUCAACAACUGGAGCACCUACAACAACUGGAAUACCUACAACAACUGGGGCACCUUUAACAACUAGAGCACCUACGACAACUGGAGCACCUAGGACAAGUGGGAUACCUACAACAACAGGAGCACCCUCAACAACUGGAGCACCUACCACAACUGGGGCACCCUCAACAACUAGAGCACCUUCAACAACUGGAAUACCUACAACAACAGGAGCACCUACAACGACUGGAGCACCUACAACAACUGGAGCACCUACAACAACUGGAUUACCUACUCCAAGUGGAGUACCCACAACAACUGGAGCACCUAAAACAACGGGAAAACCUGUUUGUGACUGCGCUUCCGGCCUGGGCAUGUCGAAUGGCAUCAUUCCGGACAGUUCCCUGACCGCGUCCUCUCACAGAUCCGGGCUUUUCGGCCCUGAGCAAGGUCGCCUUGGAAACCCCAGAUUUGCAUGGUCUCCUAGGCCUGAUGACGCCAGCCCGUUCUUUCAAGUGGAUCUUGGUGAAAAUUAUUACAUCACAGCUAUCUCCACCAAGGGGCAUCCUGUGUAUAACGAGUAUGUCAAGAAAUAUCUGAUGAGGUACAGCAACGACGGGAAGAAAUGGAAGACUGUUAGUGCUGAGCCUGGCAUUCCAAAGGUGAUGAAUGGUAACCAUGACAACAAGGAAGUUUCGGUCUCUCGUCUGUCAGGAAAGAUUGUGGUCGCCCGAUUCGUGCGAAUCUACCCACUUACGCCAGACCAGUCUGCUCGAGUGCCAUUUGCUUUGCAGCUUGAGAUACAUGGAUGCACAGCAAGUUGCCUGGUAACAACUGCACCUCCUACUUCAACAAAGCAAACAAGUACAACAAGGGCACCUACAACAACUCAACCACCUACCACAACAAGAUCACCUACAACAUCUAAACCACCUACCACCACAAAAGCUCCAACAACCACUAAACCACCUACCACAGCCAAGCAACAAAGUACAACAAGGUCACCUUCCACCACCAAGCAGCCUUCGACUACCAGGACACCUUCUACAGCUAAUACACCUACAACAACAGGACAACCUACAACCACUCCAAACCCAACAACUGGAGCUCCCCAAAAGAGAUGCAUCACCCAAUAUGAGUACAAGAACAUUUCAAUGGAUGGAUGUCGCAACAAAGUGCCAGUCAAAGUGGGUUCGUGUCUUGGCUUCUGCCAAUCAAACACUUCUUCGCUGAUGUUCCCUCCAUACUACAACUCUGAAUGUCAGUGCUGCAAACCGACUGAGCUGAAGCCCCUGACCGUCCAGCUAGUGUGCUCAGACGACACUGAGUUGGAAUACAAGAUUGCAGUUAUCUCUGCAUGUUCAUGUGAAGUCUGUUCUUUUGAGCCUGCAAUCCGCCAGGAAGCACCCCCUGUUAUUAAAGGUCAAAGCUUGCAAGAUUGGAAGUAUGAUGAAGGCACUGAUCAGAUUAUUCAGUAUCUGGAGAGUGAUGAUUACAAAUAAAAUUCUCUAGGUACAGUAAUGGCAGUAAAAAUAUUGAAGGUGUACAUUUGUUCUCUGUACACUAAUUAAAGGUUGAAUAUUUAUAAGAAGCUUGUUUUCCAACUUCCUAUACUCUUAUGGUUUUUCCAUUUAUAAAAUUCAGGGUUUAGAUUGGGUACAUAGAAAUAAAGGUGUUUGAAAAUGAUGUUAUUGUGAAUCAUCUGAUCAAUAAAUAUCCAGUGUUGAAAUUGCA